AUGUUAAAUAAAUCAAUAAAAAUAACAAAAAGAGUGAUUAUCAUAAAUCAAAAGUAUUAAAUUGUAAUAUUGAUAAGAACUGGGACUAUAAGUGAGAAUACAAGUAUAAUAAAUAGAGAACCAUUGAAAAAUGGUUUAGAAGUGGAGAGGAGUGAUCAAAAGAAUUCAAAAUAGAGAUUGAUUAAUAAUGAAUUAGGCGAAUGUAAAGUAUGUGUAAUAAGGAAAGAGAAGUGUGAUUUGAGACAGUUACAGGAGAUGCUGAACAUAUAUUUAAAAAACAAUGAGAAGAUUAAAGAGAUCAAAUCGAUAGUGGAUGCAUUAAAAAAUAGAACCAACAAAUUGGAAUAACAGUUAAAACAGUAGGAAGCGAAGUGCAAAGAGAAGAGAGUGAGAAGAACAUCUACUGAAAUAGAAAAGAAUUAUAAAGUUUAAAUUGGUUAUUAUCAUUUAAAGUGUUAUGGUAAGAAUUGUGAUAAGAGUUAUGGCUCCAUGGUUUCAUUGAAUUUACAUAUGAAAAUAAAACAUAAAAGGUAGAGAAAUGUUUAGGAAUAAUAAAAAUGA